CAAUAUGACAUUGACAUUUCCUUUCAAGACCGUGCGCUACAAAGCACGUCUUCAAAAUAAAAAUAUUAUUAAAACAUGGCAAAAUCAUUACGUAGCAGAUGGAAGCGAAAAUGCCGUGCGAUCAAACGUGAGCGGUAUGCUGUAAAGGAGCUUGCUAGACUGAAGAAGAUGCUUGGUAUAAAAGAGGAAGAAAAAGUUACAGAAAGUGAGGUUAUGGAAUCUGACCAAGUGAUAUUCCUAGACGCUGGUGAAAUUGGCAAAAAAAAGGGUAAAUCCAAAAAACCUGUUCAAGAAGACCCAGAAGACGUCGAAAUGAGUUCUGAUGACGAAAAAAUUGAGGUUGAAGGUGAUAAUGGUAAAAAGCGUGUCUUCAGUUCAAAAACCUUGAAAGAUCAAAAUGGACAGUACCCGAUUUGGCUACAUAAGAGAAAAAUUGCGAAGUUAAAUAGAGUCGGCAAGAAGAAUACAAAAAAGAAAAUAAAGAAGCGCAGGAAAUAGUUGUAAGUGAAAGAAAUAAAAUAUAGUUUCAAUA